AUGGGGUACAACAGUCAUCUCGAACCAGUGCCCUUGGAGCCGACUUCUCCACUCCAGCAGGUCGGAAUCUUUCUUGUCUUCUCCUCCACUGCGUUGGCUGUCGGGAUAACGGCCCUGCGCUUGUACGCCAAAAGCAAAGCAAGGCAGUUUUGGUGGGAUGACAUACUCUUGUGCAUAGGCACAGCCCUGUCCAUCGCGCAGGCUGUGAGUGUGUAUUUUGCCAUGAAGACUGCAUACUUUGGUAUUCAUAUUGAGGAAAUUCCUGAACACGACCCGGUCGUACCGCUGCGGUGGCAGUUCAUCAUUCAGCUCUGGUACAAUCCAACACUAGCGGCCGUCAAAGCAUCAAUACUUCUGUUCAUGCUGCGGCUUACCAGCCACUUGACAAAAAUCAGAUGGACGAUCCAAAUCCUGAAUGCCUUGAAUUUGGGAAUGGGGGUGGCGAUCUUCGUCGUGGUGAUUAUGCAGUGUGACCCCAUUGAGUUCAACUGGGACAAGUCGAUCCAGGGCGGCAUGUGCAUUAAUCAGGGAUGGUUUUACUUAUCCACAGCGACGUUAACCAUCUUCACCGACCUCCUAGUGCUAGGUCUCCCGUUCUGGGUAUUCCUCGGCCUCAACAUGCCGCGGAGUCUCAAGAUUGCAAUCAUCUGUGUCUUUCUCGUUGGUGCAGUCGUCCCUGCCGUCGGCAUGUAUCGACUCAUACUUCUCUACCGGACUUUCUUCGAAUCGCCGCCUACGGACCCCACCUACUCGAUAAGCCUCACCAGCUCUGUCAUCGAAUGCAACCUGGCCAUAGUGUCAUCCUCAGUGCCCGCUCUUCGUGGGUUAUUCCGUUGCUGGCUGCCCCAAUUGUUCUCCAACGGGAAGCCCAGCAACUACCCUUACAGUUACAGCAUCAAUAUACCUGUGGGAGAAGCCGCACAGCAUGUCGCCUUCAGCGGAUGCCCUUCCAAGACUAUCACGAAUAAGACCUCGACGAGGGGCGGCUUGCGACAUAUAGACGGAGAAAACCCGGCUGUGACGGAUGAGAGUGACAGGACAAUGUUGGUGAUCAUCAAAUUGGAGGGCGGCGGCAGCUUGUCUCAUGUUAUGAAUGACAAUGUUUUGACUUUUGGAGAGCCUCAACUCAAAAACUCGGUGAGUGCGGUGUAG